UCGCUUCUCGGGAUGGAGCAUUUGUCAAUACCAACCUCACACCUACCGCUGGCUAAUAUAUAUCUUCAAGCCUAACCUCCUCCCCACCCCACUUCCAAAGCACCACUUCUUCUCACCAUGUCAAACGACGACCGAGGAUAUAUCCCCAAAUGGGGCGAGUUGCCCGUCGAGCAAUACCUAAUUGCACGUUUCCCUUACCGGCUAUACUGCUCAGAAAGAUCGCUAACGUUCCGCAGAGAUACUGGGACUUUGCAGCGACAGAGUCCUUCGACCAACAGCGCCUCCGGCGCAUCCGGCAAUUUAUCGAUCUGGACGAGAUACCCCGCGAAUGGGAUCCCGUCAAUUACGGCGCACCACCGCCAUGCAUGCCCACGGCGGAGGAGAUCGACACAGUCCUCCGUCCCUGGCGGUCGGACGAACUGCGCCAGAAAGCAUGGGAAAUUUUAGAAUCGGGCAACGUCGCACCGAUCUUUCUCCGGACGCACUAUGACCCGGAUGAUGAGAAGAUGGAGGAAUGGCAGCGCGUAUACGACAUCACGCCCGAGGUUGCGGGUCCGGUGAGCGGUGCCGGGUAUAAGCGAUACCCGUCACCAGAAAUUGUGGAGACGUCACGAACACAAUUCAAGACCUCCCUCAGCAAGUCAAAGCAGGAGCCCGAUCGGUGGAGGGAGGAUCCGCAUCGCUUUAUUGAACUCGAGGCAGCCGACCUCCUCCGCACAGUGGCAGCAGCGUACAUUCUCGUUGCGGAUCAGGAGGCCUUCGAGACCGGCGGCCAAUUGCGUCUGACCCGCGUCGAGGCCGAUGCGCAGACGAUCACGGACGUCAUCAUGGACUGGGAUCAGUUGAAUCUGCCUCCGGACUUGUGGGAGGAGGGGACCAUCGGUGAUAGGUACCACGUUACCGGGGAUUUGGGGAGAGAGUUGUAUCAAUUAAGCGAGGCUGAUAUGGCGGAUCCUUGAUCUGCGUAUAAUUCUACUCAGGAGCUUUAUCUG